AUGUCUACUCUUGUCGGUAGUGGUGCAAGCUGCUCUAUUCAUCUCGUGGAACCCAGCAUCUUCCUUCCGGGCUCUGGCUUCUGGUGCCAUGACCGCCCCCAAGGCCAGGAUGGCAUCACUCUGUUGCGAGGAACGCUUCGCCUGAUCCUGAUCAAGAGAACCAAAAUCAAAUCAAUACAGAUCAAGUUGCUAGGACAUACAUGUAUCGAGUGGGAGGGACAAGCUGGACCGGAUUUCCGUGAAGAGAGUGAUGUACAAAAGCAAACAUCAAUCCUUUUCGACGCUACCAAAAAUCAAGAUCAAGACGAUUAUGGUUUCCAGUGUAGAUACUGGAUCCAGAAUGUACCGAAUCCUAAUGCUGUCUUUUCUCCCGUGAGUCAAACAAAGAUCUUGGCAACAGCAGAGCCGUUUCCUCCCCAGGAUAUAGACAACAAAGGGCAAUUUACAUUUAACUGCUCCGAGAUACGGCGCCCGAGUACGGAUUCCACGAUAUCUUUUACAGAUGAAACAGAGAGUCAUAAGAUUUUCUAUCCAGGAGUUUACGAGUAUGAUUUUGUUUUUCCGAUCACACAUCAACAGCUGGAGACAACUCAGGUUCCUCAUGCAGCUGUAAAAUGGAUGCUACUUGCGACAACAGCUCGCCCUGGUUUAUUUCACAACAAUAUUCGUGCAAAGAAAGAAGUUACAUUUGUCAGGAGCCCUGAUCCACUAUCUCUCGAAAUGGUACAACCAAUGCCUUUCCAUCGCCAUUCCGACGAUUGGUUACAGUAUGACAUCGUCAUUUCUGGGAGGAGCUUCCCUAUCGGCAGUCAGAUCAGCAUUGCUAUGAAGUUGGGUCCACUGGACAACACCACGCUACACGGUUUCGAGUUUCUGAUAAAUGAGUCGAUAGAAUACUGGUUCAGGGAAAACAAGAUCAAUAGGAAAGGCCUCACUCGUUCCGUCCUCCUUCUGAAGAGUACAGCUGGAAGGGCAAUUAUUCCGUCCUGGACAUCCGCAGGCCAAGUAUCUAUUCACGAGGCUGAAGCCAAAUCUGGACCAAUACAUGACGACGGAGACACAGUUCCGAGACAUGACAGUGUCAAAGCAUCUGGGACCGCAGCCUCGACUAGCACCGUCACCAAGACAGUAGAGGAUGACUCGGACAAUUCAGAUGCGUGUUCAAUGACCCUGAUGGACAUGAUCGUUCUUCAUGUCACCCAAACUGAUCUCAGUGAUCCAUCGGGAAGGAGGCGUAUCUAUCGGGAUACUGCCAUCAGCUUACCCAUCACUAUCCUAAACUGUCGAUCGAAUCAGGCCAACAUGACUCUUCCAUCCUACUCGCAUGACCCCUUCCAGCCCGUCAGCUACCCCAAGGUCUGUGGGUGUCCUGAUGCUCUGCCUUUACCCAGCGAAAAGCCACCUCGCCGUUUUGUUAAAGCGAUGGUUGCGCGCCACCUUGUCGAUGACAAGUCUAGACCACCCGAUGGACUGAGUAUCAUGGACAACACCACGAAUCCAUCCAUCCCUAUCCUCAACGAGGGUUCCCCUCCUUGUUACAGUGACAUAGUGGAUGACUCUGAUAUCGGGUUGCGCGUACAGUAA